CCCAUUGAAUUCUGGGAAGUGCUCCAGCCUGGGAGACUGCUCAUCUCAGAAGGAGGAAGGACAGCAGAGCCUGGACGCUGUGUUGGAGCUGAAGUUCUCCUCAUAGGGAGGACGGGGCACUGAGAGGAGAGAUGGGGGUGUAUUCUGUGAUUCCUUGCAAGGGUUGCAUCCCUUGGCAGGGGCUCCUGCUCACAGCCUUCCUUUUAACCUGCUGGGACCUGACCACCACUGCCCAAGUCACCAUUGAAUUAGUGCCUCCCCAAGUGGUUGAAGGAGAAAAUGUCCUUCUACGCGUUCAUAAUCUACCAGAGAAUCUUCUAGCCUUUGUCUGGCACAAAGGGGUGAAGAAUAUGAACCAUGGAAUUGCACUAUAUUCACUGGCCAAGGAUGGAACUGUGACGGGACUGGGACACAGUGGUCGAGAGAGAUUGUACAGCAAUGGAUCUCUGCAGAUCCACAAUGUCACCCAGAAGGACACAGGAUUCUACACUUUCCGAACCAUAAAUGGACAUGUCGGAAUUGUAUCAGUAACAACCACAUACCUUCACGUUUACACCUUCCCUUGUGGGUGCCCUCCCACCUCUCCCAAGCCCACUAUUGAAUCAGUGCCAUCCAGCAUUGCAGAAGGAGAAAGUGUCCUUCUAGUGGCUCACCAUCUCCCGAAGAAUCUUCGAGCCUUUUUCUGGUACAAAGGAGGGAUUUUGUUCAAGAACCUUGAGGUUGCCCGACAUAUGAUAGCCACAAAUCUAACUGUGUUCGGCCCUGCACACGGUGGACGAGAGAGAUUGUACAGCAAUGGAUCCCUGCUGCUCCAGAACGUUACCUGGAAUGACACUGGAUUUUACACCCUGCGAACUCUGAGUACAGACCUGAAAACUCAAUUAGCACAUGUGCGUCUCCAUUUGGACACCUCCCAUUGUGGGCACCAUCCCACCUCCGACCAGCCAACUGUUGAAUCCGUUCCACCCAGAGUCGCUGAAGGAGGAAGCGCUCUUUUAGUGGUUCACAAUCUUCCGAAGAAUCUUCGAUCCCUUUUCUGGUACAAAGGAGCAAUUGUGUUCAAGGACCAUGAGGUUGCCCGACACAAAAUAGCCACAGAUUCAACUGUUCUGGGCCCUGCUCACAGUGGUCGAGAGACUCUGUACAGCAAUGGGUCCCUGCUGCUCCGGAGUGUCACCAGGAAUGACACUGGAUUCUACACCCUACGGACUCUGAGUACAGACCUGAACUUUGGACUAGUGCAUGUGAAACUCCUGGUAGACACCUCCCUUUCUGUGUGCUGUAACCCUCUCACUUCUGUCCAAGUCAUGAUAGAGCCAGUGCCAGAGAGUCCUGUUAGAGGGGAAAGCGUUCUUCUCCUUGUUCAUAAUCUGCCAGAAGAUCUUCGAGCCUUUGUCUGGUACAAAUCAGCGUAUAGCACUGAGACUUCUAAAAUCGCAGUAUACAGCAGAGCCAUGAAUUACAUCACCCGUGGGCCUGCCUAUAGCAGAAGAGCAAGGGUGUACACCAAUGGAUCCCUUCUGCUGCAGGAUGUCAUGGAGAGAGAUUCAGGAUUCUACACACUAGAAACUUUAAACAGAGAUUUCAAAGUUGAAAAAACACACGUACAACUCCAUGUAUACACCUGCAGGCUUCCUCCCACCAUGCUCUCUAUUGAGUCAGUGCCAACCAAUGUUGUUGAAGGGGAAAAUGCUCUCCUACUUGUUCAUAAUAUCCCAGAGAACCUUCGAGUCUUUUCCUGGUACAAAGGGGUAACCACUAUCAGCAGACAUGUAAUUGCAUGGAAGAAAAUAUAUGCUAAUAACAUUUGGCUGGGGCCUGCACACAGCGGUAGAGAGACUCUGUAUCCCAAUGGAUCCCUUCUGCUCCAAAAUGCCACCCAGAAGGACACUGGAUUCUAUACCCUUCGAACCUUAAAUACACAGUUUGAAAGUCAAGACGCACAUGUGUACAUCCACAUAUACAAGCCUGUGACACAGCCCUUUGUCCGAGUCACCAGCACCACAGUUACUGCACAGAACUCUGUGGUCCUCACCUGCUUCUCAGGUGACACUGGAAUCUCCAUCCGUUGGAUCUUCAAUAACCAGAGUCUCCAGCUCACAGAGAGGAUGACUCUGUCCCCAACAAAGUGCCAGCUCACCAUAGAUCCUGUCAGGAGGGAGGAUGCUGGAGAGUAUCAGUGUGAGGUCUCCAACCCCAUCAGUUCAAAGACCAGUCUCCCAGUCAGGCUGGCCAUGGCGAAUGAGUGA